UUUAUAAACCCCGCCCACUUUAGUUUUUGUGUUUCUGUCAGUAUUUAAUAUCUGUUCUAAACAUGGCAUCGCCUUUGAGGAAAAUCGGACAGAAAAUACUGUCAACCUAUUGCAAAAGAGAUCAGAGCAUAUUACAAAGAUUACUCUCAAAUGAUAUCCGCAUGGGAUUUGUUGGAAUGGUUGGCAAGACACCACUGAUUCGAUUGAAUAAAGUCAGUCAGGAGACUGGAUGUGAUAUUGUGGUGAAAGCAGAGUUUGCUAAUGGCGGGGGCUCAGUAAAAGACAGGGCUGCCCUUUUUCUCAUUCAACAGGGCAUUGACGAAGGUCGACUGAAAUCUGGCGGUACAGUUGUUGAAGGAACUGCAGGAAAUACAGGCAUUGGUUUAGCCCAUAUAUGUAAUGCCAUGGGUUUCAAGUGUGUGAUCUAUAUGCCUAAUAAUCAGAGUCAAGAAAAGAUUGACAUGCUACGACUCCUUGGUGCUGAAGUCUUUCCUGUUCCUGUUGUGCCUUUUGACGAUCCUGAUAAUUAUAACCACCAGGCAAGGAGACAUGCUGAAUCAUUAGACAAUGCAAUUUGGACAAAUCAGUUUGACAACACUGCCAAUAGACAAGCACAUGUAGAAACGACUGGACCAGAAAUAUGGGAACAGACUAAUGGAAAGGUUAAUGCUAUUACCUUUGGCACUGGAACAGGUGGCACUUUAGCAGGGGUAGGUAUGUACAUGAAGGAAAAGAGUAAGGAUGUAAAGGUCGUCUUGGCAGACCCUCAAGGUAGUGUCCUCUAUAAUUAUUUCACCCAUGGUAAGAUAGAAAGGUCACCAGGAUCAUCCAUCACAGAGGGCAUAGGUCAAGGUCGGGUCACAGAUAACCUAAAGGGCGCUCCCAUUGAUCAGGCUUUGUGCAUUAUGGAUACCGAUGUUGUCAGUAUGACAUUUCGUCUCUUGAAAGAAGAAGGGUUCUUUGUCGGUGCUUCAUCUGGUCUUAAUGUAGUAGCAGCAGUAGAGGUUGCUAAGCAACUCGGACCUGGGCAUGUGGUAGCUUCCUGCCUGUGUGACACAGGUCAACGAUACUAUGCAAGGCUCUUCAACAGAACUUGGCUCAAAGAAAAAGGAUUAUUUGACUGUGUACCAGAAGAAUGUCACGGCUUCCUCCAUUCAUGAUGACCUCUAGGAAUGACCUCACAUUAUCAUUCUCUCAAGACACUAGGUGUGCUUCACAGCAAGUCAUAUUCUCAAGUGAAAUUAAUUGUCUCUUUGGCCCAUAUUCUGAUGUCGGGUUUGAUUUAAACUCUGGUUUUAAGUUGUGGUUUGAUUAUGGAAAGCCAGUUGUUCAUAAAUUUCUAACAGUGGAGGUUUAAUGUAUCAGCUCAUUUGACUCCCAAAACAUAAAUUUCUAAUAGUGGAGGUUUAAUGUAUCAGCUCAUUUGACUCCCAAAACAUUAUUAAGUGCCUGGGAAGGAUAAGUAUGACAGUUGUCUUCACC